GUCUCUCUCCUUCAGGCUCUCUCAUACUAUCCUCGAUUGGUAGUCCUCUCUCUUGACUCUGCUCUUCUUCUCUCCGAUCAACUCCUCUAGCUGCGUCAAACCCUAGAAUCUGAGAACACAUCCUUCUCUUUCUUCCUUGAUUUUUGAUGUUCUUCUGCGAUUCGUCUCGAUCGAAACAAUAAGGCCUCUAAAAAGUUUUUGGGAUGGAACCGCGGGUUGGGAGUAAGUUCCGGCUUGGUCGCAAGAUCGGGAGUGGUUCCUUCGGGGAGAUCUAUUUAGGUACUAAUAUUCAAACGAACGAGGAAGUUGCGAUUAAGCUGGAAAAUGUGAAGACUAAGCAUCCACAGCUGCUGUAUGAAUCGAAGAUUUAUAGACUCUUACAAGGAGGAACUGGUAUUCCUAAUGUGAGAUGGUUUGGUGUUGAGAGUGACUAUAAUGUUCUUGUGAUGGAUUUGUUGGGUCCAAGUCUUGAAGAUCUCUUCAAUUUCUGCAGUAGAAAAUUGUCCUUGAAGACUGUCCUUAUGCUUGCGGACCAGAUGAUCAACCGACUAGAGUUUGUUCAUGGAAAAUCUUUUCUGCACCGAGAUAUUAAACCAGAUAACUUUCUUAUGGGCUUGGGGAGGAGAGCAAAUCAGGUCUACAUUAUUGAUUUUGGGUUGGCCAAGAAAUAUAGGGAUUCAUCCACUCAUCAGCACAUUCCAUAUAGAGAAAACAAGAACUUGACUGGCACUGCUAGAUAUGCAAGCAUGAAUACUCAUCUUGGCAUUGAACAAAGCAGGAGAGAUGAUUUGGAAUCUCUUGGAUUUGUUCUUAUGUAUUUCUUAAGGGGGAGUCUUCCUUGGCAGGGUCUAAAAGCUGGAACUAAGAAACAAAAGUAUGAGAAAAUCAGUGAGAAGAAAGUUUCAACUUCGAUAGAGGCUUUAUGUCGGGGUUAUCCUUCAGAAUUUGCAUCAUAUUUCCAUUACUGCCGAUCUCUCCGCUUUGAUGAUAAACCAGAUUAUGCAUAUCUUAAGAGAAUUUUCCGUGACCUUUUUAUCCGUGAAGGAUUUCAAUUUGACUAUGUUUUUGACUGGACUAUCUUGAAGUAUCAGCAGUCACAAAUGGCUGGUGCUCCUUCACGCGUUCUUGGUUCUGGAAUUGGAACCAGCUCUGGAAUGGCACCAGCUGUUCCCAACAUGGAUAGGCAGCAAGGCUAUGAGGAAGGAAGAACUAAUUUGUCUUCAACAGAUCCUUCUCGUCGUCGUAUUUUUGCUCCAGCUGGAAAUACUGGCAGCUCUUCCAAGCAGAAGAAUCCAGUGGGUGGUGAAUCAGUUGUUUCUAAAGAAGCUAUGUUGUCCAGUUUAACCUUCUUUGGCCGUUCAAGUGGAUCUGCAAGGCGAGCUGCUGUUUCUAGCAGCCGGGACGUAAUGGCUGGCAAUGAGGGAGAACAAUCACGUACUCGUGCCACUGAAGCAAGCCCAGGAAACUUCCGCAAAUUCUCAGGCCCUCAGAGAAGUUCACCAGUUGCAUCUGCAGAGCCCAGGCGCACUACUUCUGGUAGGCAUCCAUCAAACAUCAAAACCUAUGAAUCUACUCUUAAAGGUAUCGAGCAUCUAAAUUUCGAUGGCAAUGAGAAGUAUCACUAUUAGAACCAGUAGCUGAGCAGACUCUUCUAUGUAAGAAGACUGAAAAUGGGGCGUGAAAUUCAGAUUUGUUCAGCGCCCGAUGGGGCAGAAGCCAAUUGAAAUGGUGAUAAGGGGGGUUUAUUUUGGGAGCCAUGAAAGCUGAACAAUGUUGAGGCUAUGUUUAUAUGUAUGUGAGUGAGAAUCCACUUCUUUAUUAUUUUCUAUUUUUAUGAUAGAUAGCCAAGGGCUGAAUACUGUUUUCAUAUUACAUAUUCAAAUACACUGCAGACAUGAAACUUUAAAGACAUUGUGUACUUGCCAAUUGGAGCACUUAUUAUCUUGUUCUGAUCAAUGGGUAGGAUCUGUGUUAUUGUGA